UAUCACAUAAAUAGAAAGAAACCCUCCGGUAGAAGUUGAUAAGUUUGGCGCCAUCAGUUAAAGGAAGUCUCGAUCGUUGGAGAAGAGAUUCCGUCUAGGGUUAGGUUUUGCGAAGAUGAUUCUGGUGGCAAUCGUCGCAGAGCUGCUCGAGGAGUACACGGUGCUUUUGGCUAGGGUUCUCGAGCAUCUCCUUAACGAGGCUCCUUUUCCCCGGCGUAUGCGCUUCCUUAUUUUGCGGAGCCUCUCCUUCGCCUCCACGCCUCGCCGGAACCCAGAAGCGCCGGCGCUCUGAAUCUCCCGCUGUUUCGAUGUAAAUAUGAUAUUUCUUGCGUCUACCUUUGUGUCCUGUUUUUUAGAUUUUGCGUUUGGAGUAUUGGAUAUGUCGAAUUUUGUGGGGGAAUUUUGUGAUUUCGGUCUAUUGUUGUGAUUGAUUUCCGUGUGGCCCUUUAAUGAGGUUUCUCCGGUAUUUUAAUGUUCUUAAGCAACUAAUAACUUGGCCUUGAA